UGGAGUUCCCUGAAAUAAGAACGGUUAAAACGACACGAUAAAGGAAGUUACUCUCGCUACAAAAACGUUGACAAUUCAAAACGAAACAUCGAAAUAAUAAAAUCGUUGCUUUCUCCCCAAGUGGAUGGUAGCAAUAAUUCGUCAAUUAUUCGUAAAAAGUGCACAUUUCCCGGCAGCAAACACUGAUGGAAUUGAUAUUUUUAUUUGACACGGAUUACACGAGAGAUUGUAGACUACCUCUGGCGCAGCAACGUUCCACCGCAACUCUUGUCUAAGCAAAUUUCCACAGCUCGAUCAUAGUCGUCAAAUAUGUUGAGCAAAAUAUUCGAAAUCCAUGGACGAUUCUGCGCCGGUCAUCCCCUCGAGGUGAUCGUCACCACGUUCACCUUGACCGCCUGUAUGCUCAACCUGGAAAACGGGAGUCCGCUCUCGAGGGAUGGCAAACUUCCGGGGUCCGGUGCUCACUGCAGACACGGACGAUGCAUCUCCGACGAUCAAAAUGCCGUGGACGUGAUAGUCAUGACCUCGAUAAGAUGUCUGGCACUCUUGUUCUGCUACCACCACAUCCGGAAUCUUCGAAAACUCGGAUCGAAAUAUAUCCUUGGUAUCACCGGUCUUUUCACCGUUUUCUCCAGCGUUGUCUUCACGUCGAGCGUUCUCAACUUUGCGAGGAGUGAAUUUUCGGAUCUCAAGGACGCGAUAUUUUUCUUAUUGCUUCUGAUCGAUCUCAACAAAGCCGGGGUAUUGGCUCAGUUGGCCCUGAGCUCAAGAAGCCAAGAAGAAGUGCGCUCGAACAUAGCAAGAGGAAUGUCCCUUCUUGGGCCAACGAUAACCCUCGACACCCUCGUCGAGACUCUUCUGAUCGGCAUCGGCUUCUUAUCCGGCGUCAAAAGACUCGAGGUACUCUGCAGUUACGCCUGCCUCAGCGUAGUUGUCAAUUAUUUCGUCUUCAUGACCUUCUAUCCAGCCUGUCUCUCGCUCAUCCUUGAGCUCACGCGUGGAAACUCCGGCAUGGGGAACCUCACUGCUGAUAAAAUAUUGAUGAUGCACUCGUUGAACGAGGAAGACCAGAAACCAAAUCCGGUUGUCGAAAGAGUGAAGCUCAUUAUGAUCGCUGGCCUAUUUGUCGUUCACGCUCACAGCCGCUGGCCCUUCAAGCACGGUGAUGUUGACGACAAAGUCGAGAGUGCACCUCUACCGAUAGAUUCCCACAUAAUAAUAACGAAUCACAACAAAUCGGAGACACCCGAUGCCUUCACGGAGCAUUUGAUGAAUUGGCUCUCGGUCAGUGCGGACAAUAUCGUUAUAUUGAUAUUGUUACUAGCUCUGGCAGUGAAAUUCGUUUAUUUCGAGGACAAAGGUGAAAUAGCGAAACAAUUACGAUUCAAGGACAGCGAGGAGGACACCGCAAAGUUGGACAAAUCCAGAGAGGAAAGUUGCACGAGCGAUAGCAUGCACCCUACGUUGGACGCAUCCCUCAGACAGAGAUUCGGUGGUCCUUUGCCUUCUUUGAAUCAACCUGUUUUUCCACUCUCCGGCAUGGGUGGUAACUGGAUCGAAGUUGGCAACGAAAGCCCCGUCGAACUUCACGAUAAAGAAGUACAAACCGACGGGAAGGCUUUGUCUCUCGACGAGACGUUUGCCGAUUCGAGAGAACUCGAGAAAGCACCGCCUCGAAGCGUGGACGAAUGCCUCUCAAUUUACCGUUCCGAGCUCGGAGCUGGAGGUCUGACGGAUGACGAAGUGAUCGAAUUGGUAAAACGAAAAUACAUUCCGUCCUACCAAUUGGAGAAAGCAGUGGGUGACAUGGAACGCGGGGUUGGUAUAAGGCGAUUAAUGAUAGGUGAAGUAGCUCACUUCACGGAUGAGCUGUACGAUUUACCUUAUCAGAAUUACGAUUAUACAAAAGUAUUGGGCUCGUGUUGCGAGAACGUGAUCGGUUACGUACCGGUACCAGUGGGUAUUGCCGGGCCGUUAUUGAUAGAUGGACAAUUGUAUCACAUACCGAUGGCAACGACCGAGGGCUGCUUGGUGGCAUCGACGAACCGCGGAAGUCGUGCACUUAUGAGUUGCGGAGUAACGAGUCGUGUAGUGGCCGAUGGUAUGACGCGAGGACCGGUCGUGAGAUUCCCAAACAUCGUACGAGCCAGUGAAGCAAUGACUUGGAUGCAGGACACGAGAAACUUCGACGAGAUGAAAAGGAACUUUGACGCUACGAGUAGAUUCGCAAGAUUAACCAAAAUACACGUUAGAAUAGCGGGUAGACAUUUGUUCAUAAGGUUCGUCGCGAAGACCGGUGAUGCGAUGGGAAUGAAUAUGCUCUCUAAGGGAACGGAAAAAUCGCUGCAAGCGGUACAAGCUUACUUCGCCGACAUGGAAAUUUUGUCGUUGAGCGGUAAUUUCUGUACAGACAAAAAACCAGCAGCUGUCAAUUGGAUCGAAGGUCGUGGCAAAAGCGUCGUCUGCGAAGCUGUCGUUCCCGCUGAAAUUGUCACGAGUGUUCUCAAAACAACGGUCCACGCGCUCGUCGACGUCAAUAUAAGUAAGAACUUGAUUGGCUCCGCGGUCGCCGGCAGCGUCGGUGGAUUUAACGCUCAUGCCGCCAAUGUUGUCACCGCUAUUUUUAUCGCUACUGGACAAGAUCCGGCACAAAAUGUUGGCAGCAGCAAUUGCAUGACUCUGAUGGAACCCUGGGGCAACGAUGGCACGGAUCUGUACGUCUCUUGUACUAUGCCCAGUAUCGAAAUUGGCACUGUUGGCGGUGGCACCGGAUUACCUGCACAAGGGGCUUGUCUCGCUAUGCUCGGUGUUAGAGGCGCACAUGUCGAAGAACCCGGCGAAAAUGCUAGCAAAUUGGCCAGAAUCGUUUGUGCUACCGUUUUGGCCGGAGAAUUAUCUCUAAUGGCCGCUCUCACUUCCGGCCAUCUAGUCAAAAGUCAUUUAAGACAUAACAGAUCAACAACAACAGUCAGUAACGCAGUGAGCUUGAGUCGAACCGAAGGAUUACAUUUGAGCGUGCCAAAUUUAUUACCAGAAAUGCAAGCACUUUGCGCGGGCACAGCGAACCAAUCUUAGAUAUAAAGUACAAUUUCUCAAUUCAUGUUUAAUUUAUCGAGUAACGGUGCGACGAACUUUCACAAAGAAGGAGAAAGAGGACGCAGAAACGAGAAAAAUAGGUCUCAAGAAUUUUAUCUGAUAUUUCCAAAUGUCUGUACAGCCAAAAACGUAGCUCGCUUCUACAUAUCGUCCGAUAAAUUUUCCUUCACGUAUCUACGAAAUUUUCACCUCCAAAUGAUUUUUCCUUCACACUACAUCGAAACAAUAGAUACAUAGUAUUUUUCGAGUACUUUACAACGACGAUCGAUAAACAAGUUUCAAACUCGAAUCGCAAUUCUAUUUAUUUCUAUGUAUAUUAGAAGCCUAUAUCGUUGGAAUGAAAUCUUGAACAAGGCUCGCACAUUGAAACCGGUCAUAAAAACCAUUAAAGUGAAAGCAAAAUGAGAGGAAAAUAGAUUUCGAUAAAUCAUUCAAAAUGAUACAAUUCGUCGAUGACCAAUGACGAUAUCGCUUUAGGAUUUUUGUUGCGCCGGUAACAUAAUGUUUUAAUAAUUGUACAAAAUGUAUAUCGAAUACGCGAGAGGAGUUUAGCACAUGAUUUUUUGUUUUCGUUCUAGAAUACGCAGAAUUAUAUUAAUAUAAUUAGUAUAUCGUAAGAAUAUACAAAUGGUAAAUGGAUUUCCAUGUAGGACUUGUGUAAUCGUAAUUGCCUAGUAUAUCCGAUAACUUAUGUUGUUAUCGAUUAUUUUGAUAUUAAAAAAAAUUGAAAACAUAAAAAAAACAGCCGAAAGAUCGUUUGACAUCCAAAAUAUGGAAAAGAUUCGAAAGUCGAACAUGGGAAUGUGUGGAUAGAACAAAAAAACGUGCACAUUUUUUCUUUACAUUGCCCCUUUAUUUAAAAACCAAAGUGUUGACAAUGUGCAAUAAAACUUAAAUGUGACAAUAAUUAUUUAAUUAAAGGUAUAAUAAUUACAAAACUGAAAA